UCUAAGCCGUGUUUGACACUUGUGAAUAAACUGGUAAACAUUGUGGCUUUGUGUCGUAAAAGAGGAAUAUUUACUUGUUCAGUACAACUUGGAUUUACCCUGAAGGGAAUUAUCAAACAGAGACUGAGAGGAGUUUUCAGGCUCUGAAAUGUCUGGAAUGGACCAGAAUCCUGCGGACAGUGCGGAAAUAAUGUAACGUCGACCAAUACUCCAAGCCUCAUCGACGCGAGGACGAAUCAUUACUCAGGAAUAUAUCGUGCGUCUUCACCAUGCCCAAGCGAAAGAUAGACGACCUGGAUAUCGGGGAUGAGGAUUCUAAUUCGGCCAACUUGUCCGAGGCAGACGAUAGUACUAGCAACUGCAGCCUGAAUACGAGCAGUAGUACAGAUGUGCCCACGACAGAUACUGUCAGAGAUGUCGGGAGUGACUGUCCAGCAAAGAAACGACGGCGGGCGGUCAACUUCAAUGGCGUGACUGUGUACUACUUUCCACGGUCGCAGGGAUUUACGUGUGUGCCUAGUCAGGGUGGAUCUACUUUAGGAAUGGCAGACAAGCAUCAUCACCAUGAAGACUACUCACUGUCGGAAUACGCCAAGGAACAGCAGCGACUUCAUCGCCAUAUCAUCCAAGAGCAUCAACGCAUCGGCAAACUACCCAUGUCACCGUCGCGACGAUCACCAGCCAAAACAUUCUCAGACAAAUCGGAGUCCGAGUCAGAAAACGAGUUGGAAGUUGAUGACUAUUAUUUUCUUCAACCGGUCACCACGCGGCAACGCCGCUUGAUUUUACGGACUUCCGGUAUCAAGAAGAUUGACACGAAGGAAAAGGACGAGUGCCGUGAUAUUCGGAUAUCACGGGAAUCGUGUGGUUGUGACUGUAAAGUUUAUUGUGACCCAGAAACGUGUAAGUGCGCAAAAGACGGGAUAAAAUGUCAGGUUGAUCGGUUGUCGUUUCCGUGCGGGUGUUCAAAAGAUGGCUGUGCGAAUCCGACAGGUCGUAUUGAGUUUAAUCCACUACGCGUUCGGACUCAUUUUAUUCACACUCUCAUGCGUUUAGAGUUGGAACGGAAAGAUAAUGAAUGUCGGCGGCCGCUGAAUGGAAACGCCACAUCAGAGAAAUCAGACUCGGAAAAAGAGGAGCCUGAUAAAGAGGAUGUUGAUGGUUACAACAGUAAUGAACUCGGUAGCUGUCGUGAUUGUCAGAACUCUGAGGUAAAUAAUGUUGUGAUGCGCGACGUUCAGUUGACAUCUGGAAAUCUGGAAACGGAGAGUUGUAUGAACAAUAACGACUUUGCUACGCUGCAUUAUGGUGAGGAAGGUGUACCGCGCCCAGCGUCUGUACCAAUACCGCAACAAGCACCCAAUGAUGCCUUGCCACGAGUGCUUCUAUUCAACGACACGGAGGAGGAAUUUCACGAGCAGGAGACACCGGGGACGUUGUAUCCUUACGCUAAAGAAGAUAGUUCCUACUCUGAGAGUAGCGACUGUAGCAGUGAGGGGUCAGCGUCUUAUGAAGAAACUGCGGCAUAUCAAAAUUACGAGGCAAUCACGAAUCUCAAUAACAUGGAUCGCCAUAACGGUAACCGUGACUACUGUAUUCCACAGAACGCGGAAUAUGAACCGACGACUGCGCAGCCAGAGAGUAAAUACAUUGAGUUGAAUACAUCAUCAUCGAUGUAUAAACUUGAGCCGAUCUCAGAGAUUCUCAACCCAAUCCGUUAUCAGGGGUUUUCUGCCUCUGACCACAGCAGUCAGGACUCAUGGACAAGUGCGACAGAGCCUUUUUGUUAUUCUCAACAGACCGCUCUUGAGAAUGGUAACUUUGACAACAUGUCAUGUUCUGCAGAUGUCACAACACUCAUGCCACACCAGACAUCAAAUUACUCCUACAUUGCCUCCGUACAUCAAGAUCACAUGGUCAGAAACAACAGCAACGAGGGAUUCCGCGAAACAUCCAAGACGUACUUUAAUCAGGAUUCGCACAUAUCAAACCAGGGGACAAUGUCUGAUGACUUCAUGACACCGGAACCGACAUUUCAUGAGCUGCAGACCAGUAACCACGGUAACAAGAACACAGCCAUGAAAUCCCUUGAAAACAAGGUCAUGUUCUCUGAAUCUCAAAACUUGAAUUCUCCGACUUACUGCCGCCAUUCUGACUUCACACCGGCAUCGCUUCUCGAAGACCACCACAACGGCAACAUCUCAUUGAAAGAGCAGACAACAAUUUCACAGCUAGUGCCACCUACUGACAACUUCUGUCAUCACACAGUUGCGGCAGAUUUACUGAAUGGUUCCGAGGAUGUCAAUAUGGAGAAAGAUCAGCCGGAAGUCAGUCUCGACAACGGCAUCCAAGACCACGCAGAUUCACCGCCAAAUUUUGGUGAAGUAAUCAAGGAAUCUAUCGUUGAAACAGUAUCUGCGUAAAUGAUACUGAGAUGUCAUGCCACCUGGUGGAUGCAUUUGUAGUUAUUAUUUGGUGCCAUAAUCGUGUGUUAUUACCUCAGUGUAAGUCAUUUGAAAUAAGGUUCAACUCAGAUUCCUGAUUGGAGAAGUUUUGUGAAAAGAUGUUUGUUUUUGUUCAAAAGUAAUCGUGUGUCAUCCGGCAUACUGGGGUUCAAAAAGUCACCAAACUUAAAUGACACGAUUUUUAAUCGAAACAUUAUAAAACUAUUUUGGCCAUAUAUUCUCAAGAUUUACGAGUUUAAAAUUGUUGGAAGGCAGUUUUAAGUCAUUAAGAUCACGCCAUUCACGUUUUUCAAAAUCACAAACAAGACCACUUACAGCCCUCCAAAUGGCAAGCCAACGCAUAUCUGGCAAGGUAACGACAGUCCUUAUCCAAACCUCCAGCAGCCCAAAUCCCUAACUCCCCAAGCCCAUUACACCGAAAUUCACCAAGAAGAAGUGGGUGACAGCGUGUUUCCGUGGUAACGGAUGAUAAAGUAGUUGCAUACAUUUGGUACUAUUGAUUUCUUAGCGUCUGGGGUUGAUAACGCUGGUGUAUGGUGGGUAGUGCUUGGGGAGACUUGGAGAAAUAGUCGACGGUCGUGGUGGGCUAUUACGCUGCUGGCAAUUUACAACUGAUUUUAACCCCUUGGACUGUCUGAACAGAAUGAGAAAAGGUAAAAACUCGAAAUUAAGCACAGGUGUAAAUAGGCACCACUAUUUUGGCUAGAACUCUGAACCCUACAAUUAGAACGCUUUCAAAACGAAGUGAAUGCUAUUAAAGCCAGGGAGGGAGUCUGUUCUUUGUUUUUAAGAGAACACCCUCCCAGGUUAUGAAUUGGCAUUCACUACAUUUUGAAGGAGUUCUAAUCGCAUUAGGAUCUCAAGUUCUGGCAAAAUGGUGCUACCUAUGUUCAAUCCUUCAAACCGUUAGGCCUUCUGGAGGAAGAUUUCAUGUUUAAUCAUGUCUAAGUUUUGUCCGAUCAGUUUCAGAUUCGGAAUGAUGCUGGGGUUAUUUACUGUAUUAUUUAUUCUGUUUGUUCUAAAGUGUGGAAAAUGUGAGACAUUUUAGAAGCAAUGUGAAAUGUUCUACAUUUGUAUUCAAAACAAGUCAUCAUGUAAAAACCAAGCUGCCACUCCAAGAGGGGGUUAAAGAUUGAUGAACUAUUUCAAAUACGCACACGUUGUGUGGAAGAAAGAAACGAGUAAUGACUCUGCCAGUGACAGUGAUGAAUGAAGAUUAACGAGGGGGUUCAUGGUGGUGAUCAGUCAUCGACCAUCCAUCAUGAUAUUGUCGCGACUGUGUUCCGUUUGCGGAGAACGUACGAGGGUAUGGAAGGGCUAAUCGUGUCUUUUGGAAGUUUCGGUGCUGCCUGAACGAGAUCUUGAGGACUUGCCUCCAAUGGAAGAUAAAAUGGGUGCUUGUUCCAUCUUGUAGUUGGAUAAAUUCACAUCACUAUUUAUCCUAUAUUUUUUGUGAUUUGAUACCCUGUUUUUUUUAUCGAGUUCAGUUUUCUGGUGAAUAGGUGCAACAAGCAGGCCUACAAUUUACAAACUCUAUUGGUACCAGUAGCAGACACUGUGUGUUGGUACCAAUAUCUUCAUGGGCAUUUUAAAAUUGUGGCACAGUAUUCAGGACUACAAGGUCCACUUUAAUUCUGUCCGACUGAAAAUUAUGGGUUGGUUAGCAUAAUUGGGUCUGGAGCACUUAUGAACAACACAGCUGUCUCCCCUGAUUGAUAAAGUGGUAUAUUCCAUAUGUUAUGGAUUUGUAUGUUUUGAGAAGGUCCUAUUUAUUGUGCAAGGGGUGAUACGUUGAGAAUUUAUUCUUGCAAAAUGUAUAUCUGGUCCUCUAUUUAUUUUAUGAAAUAUCUGAUUCUAAAAUGUGUGUGUUUAUAUUCUCAAAAAUAUAUCAAUUAGUCAAAAAAUAUGUAAAUUAGUCAUGAAUAUUCAUUAGAUAUAUGUAAAUUGGCGUGGACGCUUCCGUGAAUAAAUUAACUUUAAACAUUUGUAUUGUGUCAAUGUAAGAUGUAAGAUGUCAAAUCAGCAUGAUUUUUAUGGAUAUAAAGUCUUUUCAUUGUGAUCUAGAAGCGUCCUUGUAUCAGUAAAUCACCCCUUCAUGUUCAGGGGGUUGUAGCUUUCCAUUCUGGGUCAGCUAGUCUUACUGGGCUCGACCAUUUUCUAAAAGGGAUGAAAGGUUGCAAUUCGCAUGGUGCAUGUCAUAGUCGUAAUCCAGUUGUAAAAUAAUAAUGUACCAUAAAAACGUGGGGUGUCUCAAGAAAAAGAACAGAAUUGUAGAUUUUUGUCACAAUUUUUAGUUUUUUGGGAUGCCCUGUAGCUAGUUAAGUUAAUGUAAGAAUGGAUGUAAGUGACUUGUUAAGUCUGGUCUAAAUACAUAUCAAUGUAUGUGUGUCUGUUUGUAAAUUCGACAAAUUUCAAAAAGCGUAAUUUAAAAAAUAAUGUAUUGUGUAAAUCUGACAUUUCAUGACUAUGAGUUUGACUUGAAGAGCAAUAAUUUGUGGUUAAUGAUGUCUUGAUUUUUCUACACCAAAGGUUCCUAGUUUGGUUGGCGUCCUGCUUUCAUCAACUUUGAUCUGAAUGCCACCUGGAGGAAAUCAUGUGAACUUAACCUAAUCCGUCUGCUGCCAGUCUUCAUUGUUGUAAAGAGUCGAGUUGAAUCUCAUCUACUUACCCUGCCUCCUGGUGACAGAUGUUUGUACCCUGUUCUGUUCUAAGUAUUCAGUGGAUCUGUGUCAAAAAUUUUGCUUUUUGUGAGAAAUAUUUUUAUAAAAUUUGAAUUUUGAGGUCAUAUCUUUGGUUUUAUGGUCAAAACUAUUUCUAUAUAAAGGUUUGCAAAAGAUUUCAUUCCAUGUACUGUCGGGUUUUGGAAUUCAUCAGAUUGAAAUGUGGUCAGUCUUAUCAUCUUCUUCAUAGUAAUGUGAAAAUAUUGUGCCAUGUUUUCAAUUUUGAUCAAUGUAGUGAUGUGGCCAAUUGCCAAAUUGUCAAUAGCAAAUGCUUCGACAAAAGGAAGCAAGAUUUCGUCCUGAUAUGACCUUGAAUAUGACCUUGGAAAUGACCCUAAUGAUCUGAACGUGAUGAGUGAAAUCUAGUCAAAAAUUCAUUCAACCUCAUCCCAGGGAGCUUCUUGAUGCAGCACCUGUGGCGGGGUUGACCAUCACCAUGGAAUAUGGAUGUUGUCAUAAAGCUUGUUGUCAUUAAAAAAAUCAAAAACAUUUUUUUCAAAUUUUUGUGCAUCUUUGAGCUUCAUCAAGUUGUGACCUUGAAAAGUUGGUCAAGGUCACUUGCAUGUUUUGCUUGCCAUGGUGUCUUAGAAUGUGUUUGUAUUUUGUCAAGGAUCUCAGUCAAGAGUGAUUUGUGCUGUUGGUUGUCAUGGAAAUAUUAUGUUCAUUUGUUGCUAGGCGACAGAUUAGUUGCCAUGGAGGUAAUGUAAUGUUUAUGUGUUACUAGGCAACGUGUCUUGUCUUUUUGAGAAGGUGCUUACAUCAACUUUGUCUCAAAUUUGUCAACUAUUUUGUUGCUGAUUAUAGUUGUUUCUGUCUCCUUGUAUUAUACACCAUUUUGAAAUACUUGGACUGCCUUUUUCGGUCCAAUGAAAAGACAGAAGUGUAACUUAUAUCUAGUAUUUAUUUUUAGCUAAGUGUAAACUUGUAAGUCAGUGAAGUUCUGUUAUGAGUCAAAAAAGGAUAUCUGGGUUGUUCUUGAAAAGAAGAAUUUGGAUCAUAUUGGUUUCGAGAAUGUGGAUGGAUUCUCUAUUUGUAGCAAAAAAAAAAAGUUUGCCUCAUUUUUGACCAAUGAAGAGUUGAAAAAAAUGUUAUUAGUGCAAUGUCUUGUAAGAUCAUUCAGUUUCUAUGAAGUAAGUAGGCCUAUUUAUGCUAUUUUCCAUAUAAGAAGUGUUUGACACACAGGUGAUAGAUCCUCAAGUCAGCGUAAGGGUUGGUGCCGUAUGUAGACAUUAUUAGUACAUACUGUGUGUAAUAUGUUAUGUACUAACCUACUCAAACUUGUUGCACACCUGUAAACCCAGCUAUUUGGUGGAGAAAGAUCAUAACAUGAAUGUCUCAAGUUGGCCGGCAUGAGACAUUCAUGUUAUGAUUUAUGAUAUUUACCGUUAUGAUAUAUAUAUUGGUAAGAUAAAGAUAUCUACCAGUAGAUUGUGACCUUCCUUAUAACAUACAAGGAGAUGUUCCUGUCAUGGGGAGUUAUAGAGGGCGUUAUGCAAGUAGCAAUGCAUGUCAUUGCGUAUCAAUGUGGGUUUACAGGAAAACGUGAAACAUUCUAGAAGAUGUAAUGUAUAUGAACGAUUAUGAUUGUGUGACUGUUGUAGUUCCCAUUGUUGUCAAAUACAUCAAACUUGAGCUGCUGUUCUGGUUGUAGAUUAGUACCCAAUCAUCUCACAGAUGGCAGCACAGAGGGCAGAUGAGACAAUUGGUCAUGUGCUUGUUCAAUUUCAUCCACUUCUUGGGAUGGUCAACAUAUGCGACUAUUCUCCGAUUUCGCAGAAGCAAGCACUGAUGAGCCGAGGGAAUGAGGCGGCCACAUUGUACCAAGACAUGUAUGUGACGUCAUCCUUAAAUGGUAAAUGUAACCAAUUGUCCCAUUUCAUUGUGCUGUCAUCUCCAAAAGAUGACCUGGUACCAAUCUAGUGAAUUCAAAUUUUAUCUCCUUCGCAAGAUUGUGAAUCUCAUGCAGUCAUGAAAUAGAUGAAGAAUGCUGCGACAUUUAUUUCUAUCCUGAACAUCCUGCGAUUAGUUUAAAGAUGGUAUCAUUAUGAUUCUCACAUUCACACCCAUGGGAAUCUCAACUUUUUGAAUCUUCUCAAAACAGACUGAAAAUCUUACUAAAUGCAUUUGUUUAACCUGUACUUUUGUCAACAUGAUCAAGAUAUAAACGGUAUAAGAUCUUGUGAAGUACUAACAGUGUUUACUUCAGCUGAGGUUUGCAAGGAAAUCGGUUCAAUCUUUGACCUCAGUGCAUCUUCAUUGGGCCAGGUAUCGCAUUUUUUGACUUCAGCUUUUCAUUGAUCUGAGUGAAACAUGUCAACUCAACCUACUUUUCCAGUAUUCUGCUACUUCUGACCAAAAUUUCCUGCAUCACCGCCACUGGUAAAGUUGCUGUCGUUAACAACUGAACGAUUUAAACCUUCUCCAGGCGAACCAAAGCUGAGGUGAACUUUCUGGUUUUUGUCAUCAAGCAUUUAAGUGUACAAUGUAUUCAUGUGCAAUAAAUGGCAGUAUGCAGAAGA